AUGAAUAACAUGUCGCAGAAAAAGUAGAAAUCUGAGAUGAUAUUUCGAGCGUUCAGAUGUAAAUUACUAUCCCUAGUUCCAAAACGAGUAAGGUUCAGAGAGCCCCUAUUUGGAAAGCUCUUAACCUGCCUUAUCCAUCAUCAAAAUACUCCCCGAAAUGAAGAUAGAACCAUCAGUGAAUAACAAUGAGGAACAAAGAAGAGAUUACCAAAAGAGCCGCAAACAGGCAGACGAACACUUGAAGAAGAUUCAUCGAAGUCAUCCCAACGAACUGGAGAAGACCAGUUGAUUCGGAAUACAGUCACGUUCGUUAGGCAACUUGCAAACAUGAAUGAUCGACAUAUCUAUCUAUCUAUCUAUCUAUAUAAAAUAUCUAUGUAUGUCCUGUUUACAUUCAACAAACUGCAGUAAAUUCUGACGUUGAGCAUUCGCCAUCUUCGAUCCUUAAUUCCCAAUACCUCUGGCUGAUUCUUGGUGCACUCCAGAAAGCUAUCAAUUUCCAUUCCCCUUUUUCAUGGAGCCCUACUGAACUGCUUUGGUAAUAGCACAACACGACCUUUGCCCCAAAACAUAACAUAUCCAAUCCCAUCCAGACAUGAGAAACUCCGAAUUACACAUCUUUCCCGCGGGCUCAUCUAAAAAGUCCUAUUUAAUGUAUGCAUGGGACUUGAAAGAUUUUGGCAAGUUCUUCAAAAAUCAGAUUGAUCAGGCACGCUGGUCGUCAAUCAGGUUGAUCAGGCAUGCCUAACUCAUCUUUAAAAAAAUAAAAAUCAUCACAUCUGUCUUCAGACUCCACCAACAUAAAACAUGUCAGAUCUGAAAGUACAAAGUCUAGGACGAAAGCCAAAAUUUCAUCCUCUGGUGAGCUAACCCAUACAGAUCUUUUGAAAUCGCAAUCUGUCCCAAUCACACGGAUAGAGCACCUUCUAUAAAUCAAAGGAAGAGAAGAGGGAGUCCCCCUUUUAUGGAUUAAGAGUAGCAGCUAUCAUCUUACAUCUUCACGGGACCCCAUGAUUUAGUCGUCCAAGCAAGCAUAUACCGUUUUUACUUCAGUUAAUGAUGAUGAAAAGUCUAUACGGAUAUGGUAUGCAAGAACCACCUCGGAACUAAGUUUUUUUCUAAUCAAUAAGACGAAAACCAAAAACCUUCUUCACAAAGUAAAGCAUCUUAACAUCAUCUCAAAAACGAUGCACCUUUCAAAAUCAAUUUCAAAACAUGUUCCCAUGUUUGAAAUCUUGGAAAAUGUCAACUUGAGAUUCGCAAAAGUAUCAUUCUCAUGUUUCAAAGGAUUUUCAUCUAGGACAGCCUAUCCUUCAGUGAGAGACAAUAAAGAGCCUACAGAAGACACUUUUUUCCUCAUUUUACAAAGUAUUCUUGAAAACGGGCAGGAAUUGGAAACAAGCUAGAAACAUGAAUCAUUGA